GAACGUUGGUUUAAAAAAGUUGUGUUUACGAUACUCGUUUCUAAAAAUAUUACAUUUAAUGUGUCCCUAAGGAUAUACGAAUCCUCGCAGUCAGAGCCAAAGAAACCGUGAUCUUAUUCUACAAGUACAAUUUAAAAUUCUGCGCGAUGGACGCCAGUAUUCUCGCAACCAUGGACAAAGAGGCACUGAAAAAGCAGAUCGAAAACAUGAAGUACCAGGCCUCCAUGGAACGCUGGCCGCUAUCAAAAAGCAUUGCAGCGAUGCGGGAGUACGUAGAGGAGAAUGAAAAGAAUGAUCCUCUCAUACACGCCCCCGAUAAGAAAAACAACCCUUGGGCCGAAAAAGGGAAAUGUAUCAUCAUGUAAAC